UCUCUCCCGAAUUCUCCAGUACAUUCAUUCAUGCAUCAAACCCUAUGUAGAAUCUUCUCGAAUCACACUCCAUUUACAUAUACAUAAACUCCCUCCCCCAAUUUUUCAUUCUCAUCAAACAAAAAUCAAUCGCCGGAGCAAAAUUUCAAAAUAAAACAAAAUAAAAAUCCAGUCUUUUUUCCCACUGUAAUUUCCAAAGCUUCGAUUCGAUCAACAAUGGCGACGACGAAAGAGAACAACAAGGCGAUCGGCAUAGACCUCGGCACAACCUACAGCUGCGUCGGCGUCUGGCUAAACGACCGCGUGGAGAUCAUCCCGAACGACCAGGGCAACAGAACCACCCCUUCCUACGUAGCUUUCACCGACACCGAGCGUCUCAUCGGCGACGCCGCCAAAAACCAGGUGGCGAUGAACCCCCACAACACCGUCUUCGACGCCAAGCGCCUCAUCGGCCGCCGCGUAAGCGAUCCCUCCGUCCAGAGCGAUAUGAAGCUCUGGCCGUUCAAGGUCCUCCCCGGCCCAGCCGACAAGCCGAUGAUCGGCGUCACCUACAAAGGCGAGCAGAAGCAGUUCUCCGCCGAGGAGAUCUCUUCAAUGGUCCUCACGAAGAUGAGGGAAACCGCCGAAUCGUUUCUAGGUUACCAGAUCAAAAACGCCGUCGUAACGGUUCCCGCGUAUUUUAACGACUCUCAGCGACAGGCAACGAAAGAUGCCGGCGCGAUCGCCGGCCUCAACGUCCUUCGUAUUAUAAACGAACCCACUGCCGCCGCAAUUGCUUACGGCCUGGAUAAGAAAAGCUCCCGAUCCGGCGAGCAGAAUAUCCUCGUCUUCGAUUUAGGCGGCGGCACUUUCGACGUUUCAUUACUCACUAUAGAAGAAGGCAUCUUCGAGGUGAAAGCCACCGCCGGCGACACUCAUCUCGGCGGCGAAGACUUCGAUAACCGCCUGGUCAACCACUUCGUCUCCGAGUUCCGACGGAAGAACAAAAAGGACAUAAGCGGAAACGCCAGGGCUUUAAGAAGACUCCGAACCGCCUGCGAACGAGCGAAAAGAACCCUCUCCUCCACCACGCAAACGACAAUCGAAGUCGAUUCAUUAUUUGAAGGGAUUGAUUUCUACGCCACCAUAACCAGGGCGAGAUUUGAAGAGCUCUGUAUGGACAUGUUCAUGAGGUGUAUGGAGCCCGUCGAAAAAUGCUUACGAGACGCGAAAAUCGAUAAAUCGUCGGUCCAUGAGGUGGUUCUAGUUGGUGGCUCCACCCGAAUCCCGAAAGUCCAGCAGCUGCUGCAAGACUUCUUCAAUGGCAAAGAGCUCUGCAAGAGCAUAAACCCCGACGAGGCGGUGGCUUACGGGGCGGCAGUCCAGGCGGCGAUCCUCACCGGAGAAGGCGACGAGAAAGUUCAAGAUUUGUUACUACUCGACGUCACUCCAUUAUCUCUAGGCCUCGAAACUGCGGGCGGUGUGAUGACGGUUUUAAUCCCGAGAAACACGACAAUUCCGACGAAGAAAGAGCAGAUCUUUUCGACUUAUUCAGAUAAUCAACCGGGGGUUUUAAUCCAAGUUUACGAAGGCGAAAGGGCGAGGACUAGAGAUAAUAAUUUACUCGGAAAAUUCGAGCUGACGGGGAUUCCGCCUGCUCCGAGGGGGGUCCCACAGGUGAACGUGACGUUCGAUAUAGAUGCGAACGGAAUCUUGAACGUGAUGGCGGAGGACAAAACGGCCGGAGUGAAGAACAAGAUUACGAUCACUAACGACAAGGGGCGGUUGAGUAAAGACGAUAUCGAGAAAAUGGUGAGAGAUGCGGAGAGGUACAAGGCGGAGGACGAGGAAGUGAAGAGGAAAGUGGAGGCGAAGAAUGCGUUGGAGAAUUACGCGUACAACAUGAGGAAUACGGUGAGGGACGAGAAGUUUGCCGGAAAGUUGGAUUCCGGCGACAAGGCGAGGAUCGAGAAGACGGUGGAGGAGUGUGUGGAGUGGCUGGAGAAGAAUCAGCUGGCUGAGGUGGAUGAGCUUGAGGAUAGGUUGAAGGAGUUGGAGGGGAUUUGCAAUCCCAUUAUUUCUAAGAUGUAUCAGAGUGGCGGCGGCGAUGGUGGUGCUCCGAUGGAUGAUGAUGUGGCGGGUGGUGGCGGUGGAAGCUCCGGUGGUGGGGCGAGCUCCGGCGGUAGGGCGGGGCCGAAGAUUGAGGAAGUUGAUUAGAUUUUGGUUCUUAGGGAGUUUUUUAAGGAGUGUUUGGUGUGUUUUUUUGUGUGUUUUGAUUUUCAGUUUGUUUUGUAUUUUCCUUUUUGGUUUUUGCUGCUUGUGUAAAUAGUGGUUAGAUGUGGAUGUUAGAUCAAUGUAAUAACUAAAUAAAGUACGAUUAAUUACUGAUUAUUUCGUAUUGUUCUAUGUUAA